AUGCUAAGAACAUUUCCCUCACUGUUUACCUGGAGCCUACGCUCACAUGUGCCAAUAGGCCGUUCUUUGAAACGACCAUUGCAUUUCUCUUUGGCUCGCCUGUUGAGUGUAUCGCCAAGUCGAUGGCAGCAACUCAAUCGCAGUGAAAAACUGCUGGUGAACAUUCUGGGGAAACCGGCACUUCCCGUAGAAAAGAAGGAGAUACCAGUCAAGCCAGACAUCCGCAAUGAGCUUUACACAAUCCCCAACAUUCUUACCAUGACACGAAUUGCUGCCACUCCGUUUAUAGGAUACUUCAUUGCCACAGGCCAUUCGACCGCUGCCAUUUCUGUUUUUGUGUAUUCGUGCGUCACAGAUUUCGUAGAUGGUCAGAUCGCCCGGCGCUGCAAUAUGAAAUCCGUGCUCGGAUCGAUCUUGGACCCAGCUGCUGAUAAGUUCCUCAUGACAGUGAGUACCGUUGCACUUUCAAUGCAAAACAUCAUGCCUUGGUACAUUGGGGCCGUCAUUAUAGGACGUGAUGUCAUGCUCAGUUUCAUGGCCUUCUACUUCCGCUAUACGGCCUUGCCCCCUCCGAAAACUAUGAAGCGGUUUCUUGACAUGUCCAUCACUACGCAUACCGUGCACCCUAAUCUCUUGGGCAAAGUGAACACUGCAUUGCAGAUGUUCUACAUUGGCGGUUUGGUUUUCCUUCCAGGCAUAGAGUAUCUUGUUGGAGGCAGUGAUCAGUUGAGUAACUUUUUCGACGUUUUUGGUAUUGUUGUUGGAUUGACCACCACCGCUAGCGGUCUCAGUUAUAUUUUCAGUCGAAAUGCCAUCAAAUCUAUUCGCUAA